AUGGGCAUCUGCAAGAGCUUACCAGAAUCUACUGAAGAUCUACCCACCAUGGAUUCAAGUGGGCACAAACAAACUGAAAUGCUCGUCAAAGAAGACCCCUCCCCCACUUACGAUGAGAAUAAAAUCAUUGUCAUAUAAGCACUCUACAGAGGUCAUAAAGUUCGUAAAUCCCUCAUGACCACUUUGCACUCCCCAGAGACUUCAGCACCAACCCAAGUGGAACAAUCCAAAUUCUGUUUCGACACCCAUUAACUCCCUGAUUCCGAUUCGACUUCAAUAUUAAUGAAGAACGGAGCCAUCUACAAAGGAGAAUGGAAGGAUGGCAAAGCUAAUGGAAAAGGUAAAUAUUCAUUCCAAGAUAGCUAUGUCGAAGGAACUUGGGCUUCCAAUGAGCUCCAAGGACAAGCCAUCUAUGUCAAUGGCACAGAGACUUACAAGGGAUCAUGGCUUGACAGUAUGUUCCAUGGAAUUGGCGAGUAUGUCUAUUCAGAUGGUCGCAUUUACUAAGGAGAAUGGAAAAAGGGAUUACAACACGGCAUGGGCAAAGAGAUAUACAAUGACAGAUCCAUUUAUGAAGGGAAAUUCAAGGAGGGAAUGAAAAAUGGACUUGGAAUCAUUAGAUUAGCCGAUGGUUGUGUUUAUGAAGGAGAAUUUGAAAAUGAUCAAUUUCAUGGUUAUGGAUCAUUUAUAUGGCCAGAUAGGAAGAUGGUUUUUGAAGGCUAUUGGAAAAAUGGAACCAAACACGGAAAUGGUACGAUGAAAUGGGGUGAUGGACGAAUCUAUACUGGUCAAUAUUCGGAAGGACUUAAACAUGGAUAUGGAGAAAUGCUAUAUAGUGAUGGUCGUUGUUACAAGGGACAAUGGAAGUAAGGAUUGUAAGAUGGAAUUGGGAUAUUUGUUUCUAAGGAAGGGAAUGAAAGGAAAGGAGUUUGGAUGAAAGGAAAACUAAAGAAAUGGUUUUGA